CGAGGCUGCGGGAGGGGAGGGAAGGGGAAGCGACCCCCCGACGAAGCGGCCCGGACGGGGCGAACGGGCCAUGGAGAAGCGGUGGCGGGGCCCGGAGCUGGGGUGAGCGCUGGCCGCGCCCCAAAGCUCCAGACCAUCUGGUUCCAUGUGCCCUCCCUGCGCCUUGGCGCUUGUGGCGAAGUUCGACCCAAAGAUGAUGGAAAAGCUGGAGAUGGUGUCAGGCUUCUCCCCUGAUGGGGUGGACCCGACCCCCACCCCCAACCCAAACACUUCUCCAUCCCAGAGCUGCUCCCCACCCCACAAGUCCGAACCUGAGCCUGAGGCGGGAACACCGCAGGAGCCGGGAGGGGAGGAGACUAGCUCCUCUCCUCCUACCCCUCCACCAUUACUCUCCAAGCUGCCCCCAGAUGUGCCUGUCAUCAGCCUGGGUCACAGCAAGCCCCCUUCAGCUGUGCCCACCACCGAGCUGACAGCCCUGAGGCCCCUGCCCUCUAUGGUCCAGCUCUCUGCUCUGACCGGGGCCCCUGGCCCCCUCACCCUUGGUGGCCUGCCCAGCCCCCUGCUCCCACCGCACUACCACCCACACCCCUUCCUUAACAGCGUCUACAUUGGCACCUCUGGCCCCUUCAGCAUCUUCCAGAGCAGCCGUCUCAAACGCCGGCCCAGCCAUUGUGAGCCUGACCUGGCUGAGGGUCACCAGCCCCAGAAGGUGGCCCGCCGCGUGUUCACCAACAGCCGGGAGCGCUGGCGGCAGCAAAACGUGAACGGCGCCUUUGCCGAACUGAGGAAGCUGUUGCCUACCCACCCGCCCGACCGGAAGUUGAGCAAGAACGAGGUGCUGCGCCUCGCCAUGAAGUACAUCGGUUUCCUCGUUCGCCUGCUCCGCGACCAGGCGGCUGGCGCCACGCUGGAGGCCGGGGCGCCCCCGGAGCGCAAGCCCGACUCCCCCCGCAAGAGGGCCCCGGACAAGGGCCCCGAUGGCAAGGGGACCGGGGAGGGAGGCCGCCGGGGGGCCGGGCGCAGGGCCGAGCCGCCCCCGGGCCCCCCCCCACGCCGGCGGCAGCGAGGACCCCAGCGGGAGCCCCGGGGGGGCGGACCGGCCCAUUAAGAGCGA